CGUUUUUGGUGUUACACCGUACGAAAUUAUGCUCAGAAACACCUGUCAUGUCAUGACGUUAGUUAUGUUUUAAGUUUUUUGUUUUCACUACUUCAUCCGCAGAGUCACUGUCUUGUGACUCUUGUUCAUUCUGUUCGUUCCAUGUGACAGUGAACGCAGCACGGACUUCACGUCUUCGUCUUACAAUUCAAGCUUCUGGUGAAUAAUUUUACUGUAAACUCGGUGACAGAAAACAGAACGAGGCCGCGGUGUUCGUCGUGUUAAGAACCCAACCCUCAGGCUGACAUGCCUGACUCUGAGGCUACGGUUUCAGACCCUCAGCAUUCACAGAAACUGCUGCGGGUUCUUCGUACCUUCUGGCAGGAGCAGAGCUUCCAUGAUGCCCUGCUGGUGGUGGACGGAGAGGAACUUCCUGUCCAGAAGAACAUCCUGGCUGCUGCCAGCCCGUACAUCAGGACCAAGCUGAACUACAACCCUCCAAAACAAGAUGGCUCCAUGUACAGGAUCGAGCUGCAGGGCGUCUCCAUGGCAACCAUGAAGCAGAUUCUGGACUACAUCUUCAGUGGUGAAAUCACUUUGAGUGAAGACACCAUCCAGGACAUGGUGCAGGCGUCCGACCUCCUGCUGAUGACCGACCUGAAGCUGCUCUGCUGUCAGUUUCUGGAGAGCUGCAUCACUGCGGAGAACUGCAUCGGUAUCCGCCUAUUCUCCCUUCACUACUGCCUCCACCACGUGUACUACACCGCCACGGAGUUCCUGCAGACGCACUUCAGAGAUGUGGUGCUCUCGGAGGAGUUCCGGGAGCUGCCACCAGAGCGGCUGAAGGAGCUGCUGGCCAUGGAGAAGCUCAACGUGGGCAACGAGAAGCACGUGCUGGAGGCAGCGGUCAGGUGGUUGGGUCACGACCCCGAGGUCCGCAAGGUUCACAUGAAGGAAGUGAUGUCAUCAGUGUGGAUGCAGGGACUGGAUGCCAACUACCUCAGAGAACAGGCCAUGGGGGAGCCUCUGAUGAGGGAGGUGCUCAGAGACUACUGUCAGCCAGCUGUGGGGGGGGCUCAGCUCCAGGGCCAAGCUCUGCUGGAUGCCUUCAAACCUCGAGGUUACUCCGAGUGCAUCGUCAUCGCCGGAGGAGAAGAUCGCAAAACCAGGAAGCCCACUCCUGCCACACGCUGCAUGUGUCCACUCUACGAUGCCAACAGACAGCUCUGGAUCGACCUGCACCCCAUGGCUGUGGCCCGUCUGGGCCACGGGUUGGUGGCCGCUGAGGGCUUCCUGUUUGCAAUGGGCGGAACCAAUGAACAGAAGGUCCUGGACAGUGGAGAGAAAUAUGACCCUGACCUCAACACGUGGAGCCCCAUCCCCCCCAUGCUGCAGGCUCGUCAGAACUUUGGUGUGGUGGAACUGGAGGGUCUGGUCUACGUUCUGGGAGGAGAAAACGAGAACAUGGAGCUGGUCACCGUGGAGGUGUUCGACCCUCACUGCAACACCUGGAAGACACAGACCAGCAUGACUAUGAUCCGCAAGGUGGGCUGCUACGCCUCCAUGAAUAAGAAAAUCUACGCCAUGGGCGGAGGCUCCUACGGGAAACUCUUUGACUCCGUGGAGUGUUUUGAUCCGAAGACACAGCAGUGGACGGGCCUGUGUCCACUGAAGGAGAGACGGUUCGGCUCGGUGGCGUGUGGCGUGGGACAGGAGCUCUACGUGUUUGGAGGCGUCAGAAGUCAGGAGUCGGAGAACCCCGAACAGAGACAGAUGACCACCUGUAAAUCUGAGUUCUACCUCAACGACAUGAGGAGGUGGAUGUUCCUGGACGACCAGAACCUCUGUAUCCAGACCAGCUCGUCCUUCGUGUACGGCGCCGUGCCCAUCGGUGCCAGCAUCUUUGUGGUGGGCGACCUGGAUACAGGUACAAGCUUCGACUACAUCCGCGAGUUCCGACGCACCACGGGGACCUGGCACCGAACCAAACCCAUGUUAGCCAACGAUCUGUCCAAAACAACAUGUGCCGCGCUGCGCAUCGCUAACUGUCGGCUGUUCAGACUCCAGCUGAGCCAGGGAAUGUUCCGGAUCAGAGUCUGAGUCCAGCACUAAGUCUGCACAGAGGGAACGUUCUGGAUCGAACUCCGUUUUUCUGUCUGCGAUUCCAGGAUAGAAGAACUAAACUGUUGUAAACCUAGCUAACACUGCUGCUAAAGCUAAUGGAACAACGAGCGACACUUUUUAUUCCAGAUUCUGGUUCCUUAACACUAAUUAUCUCGUUUCAUUUUUGUCACAUUUUUCUGACUCUGGUGAUGGAUUCUAACCCUCGACCUGAGGCGCUGUGCUGUGUCAUGUUUUUAUUAGAAGUCCUCGCUGCGGUCUGUGUUUUAGUUGGAAACCGGCCACUCGCCCACACCAAAGUCCACAGAGAAAAUCAGCGAUUUAAACUCACAGGAGCCGCUGGCUCACUGCUGCCUCCUGUGGUCGCUUUGUGUCACUGAAGUAGAUCUUAAUUAUGGACCAGGGACUAGAAAGCGGGGUGUGUUGUCAAGCUGCGGGGCGGCCUCUGUGACCUUUUGACCUGGCUUUCCAGUCAGAACAGUUUUGGCGUCACUUGACCUCGUUUGUCGUGUGUGAGGACGUCCAGCUGCUGCUGUCUCUCUCUCUCUCUCUCUCACACACACUCACACACACAUUCUUCAGAU